GAAAUGGUAGCUCGCAAAGCACUCCACGAUUUCCCUUCCCUUCCCAUAUCAAAAUCCAAUUUCAAAGCUUGUCUCGUGUCUCGUUCCGUUGACUAAAAGCAUUCAUCGCCAAAUUCGAGAUUUCGAGUUUGAUUUUCUUCACCUGGUAAUCGUAUCGUCUUGCUAGGAACUUGUCGUUCAAUUAAAUAAGAGUAUUUACCACAACUUGAGGUUUCUAAUUCGAUUUUAUUCAUCUCAAAUUGUCUUGGUAUGAGUUGGCUGAUUAGUUAAACUCGAGAUCUCAAACUUCUUUUUCUCCACCCCACCGUCUUGUCGCUAAACUGAACCUCAAGUCACAAGUUUUAUUUUUCCAAACUCGUAUGUCGCAGUGACACUGAGACGGCUCACGCACCCAUGAUCUCGUGAUCCCAACAUAUUAAUACAAAAUUUAUUACACCACACCCACAGUCCUACACUCCCCAGUACCCAAACUCUGUCUAUCCGCUCUUACUCUAAAUCCAUAUAUAUAUAUAGAGAGAGAGAGAGAGAGAGAGAGAGAGAGAGAGAGAGAGAGAGAGAGAGAGAGAGCUCAACAGUGAAACUUCAUCUUCUAAAAAUGAAGGACAACGAUUCACCGACACUGAUAACAAUCUCAUCAUCAACGGUGAUCAGGAAGGACACCUCGUCGUCUUCGUCGUCGAAAGCCGGAGUCUUUCUCGACAAGAAUCGCUACAAGUUCUCGGUUUUAGCUGCGAUUCUCCUCCUCGCUUUCUGGUCAAUAUUCACCGGGUGCGUCACCCUCAAAUGGUCAGCCGGCAACUUAUCCCACGUCUCCGACGACCUCGAUAUACCGACCUUCGACGAUCUCGACAUUCUGGAGGUGGAGGAGAGAGAGACGGUGGUGAGGCACAUGUGGGAUUUGUACACGCAGAGCAGCCGCACCAGCACGAGUCGACUGCCGCGGUUUUGGCAGGAGGCUUUCGAGGCGGCGUUCGAGCAUUUGAGCAGCGACGUUGCUGCCGUACGAGACGCCGCUGUUUCGGAGAUUGCCAAGAUGUCCAUCCGCUCCAUCGUCCUUGAUCCCAUCCCACUUCAAUCAACGAACAUAAGAGAAAUGCAGAAGAAGAGAUCCAAGAAAGCGGAGGAAAGCAAGAAGGUGACUACAUUACGUAGUAGCAGUUAGAAUCCUCCGUUUCAUGUGCUUGCCGUCGAACUCAGUGCUUAAAGUUUCGUCGGAGAACGGUGAACACGCGCCGGGACUAUGUGCACGGUUUAUACAUAAUUAGGGUUCAGGUCAAUCCCCUUCUCAGAUUAAAAGAAAAAGAUCCAUAUAUGAAAACUUGUCUCUGAAUUGUCCUCCUGUGAACCCCAUUAGUUGGGGAACUUGGGACAUUAGAAAAUCCAAUUUAUUGGGAUUUGAUUUACUUGUAUAUUUAUUUUUAAUUAAGAGUAAUAAAAACAGUAAAAUUUCCAGUCCUGUAA